UGACUUCGCCGUCCACGUCACUGUGACUCUCCUAAUCAGUAAUCAUCAUAGAAGAAGAAGAAGAAGAUAUGUCUAUGAGAUCUUUGGCUUUGCGCACUGGACUUCGUGGUUUGAUGGAAGGCACACCAUCUGGAGCUGGACGAUCAUCCGUCUCGGGGCUCCGAUACUUCAGCGACAGCACGGGUCGGAUCCUCAGCGAAGAGGAACGUGCUAAAGAGAACGUCUAUAUCCAGAAAAUGGAGAGGGAGAGGCUGGAGAAGUUGAAGAAGAAAGCGGAGAAGGAGAAAGCUGAGCGCGAGAAAUCGGGGAAGAUAGCUGAAGAAGAGGCUCAGAAGAUCUGAAGUGGGUUGCCUACUUACCUGCAAUGACUUGUCAAACUCUUGCUUUCAAGAACUCGUGACAAAAUAAAAUGUAUUAUGCAUUUAUGCAAAUGCAUAAAACUUCAAAAAGGUGUGUGCCCUUGUACAGAAUGUUGUGGCUCUUGUUAAUAUCUUGGAUGCAUCCGUGCUAAACCGUAGUGCCAUUUUACUUCUUUAAUAAACAUCUGUUUGAUAUGUGGCUUGUUUUAUCA